CAAGACCCACAGUGUCUAUCCAGAGAAAAUGGUCAAGAUUGCUAUUGCAGGUGGCUCCGGCAACGUUGCACAAGAGAUCAUUGAUGUCCUCGUUGCUAGCAAGAAGCACGAGAUUUUGCUUCUAUCUAGAAAUGAUGCUCCGGCCGGCUCGGUCGUCAAGGGUGUAACAUGGAUCAAGGCAAACUACGAAGACCCCGAGCAGUUGGCGCAAAUUCUGCAGGGAGUGCACACUGUGCUCUCAUUCGUAGCCAUUUCGGGGGAUGCAGCGAGCACCAUCCAAAGGAACCUCAUCGAUGCCGCAAUCCUAGCUGGUGUGAAGCGCUUUGCACCCAGCGAGUGGUCCACGUCCGGCCUUAAGCACCUCAGCUGGUACGCGUACAAAGCUGAAGCUCGCCAAUACCUCAAAGAGCUGAACAAGGACAAGAAGGUUCUCGAAUACAGCCUCUUCCAACCAGGCUUAUUCCUCAAUUACUUUACAAGCCCCUAUAAGUCGUCCAAACACCUCCACGCAAUGGAGAUCCCUUUCGACUUCAACAACCGCCGAGCUCUUGUGCUGGAUGGCGGCGAUGACGACCGUAUCACUAUCACCACCGUGCAGGAUCUCGCCAAUGUAGUCGCGAAAGCGAUCGACUUUGAAGGCGAGUGGCCUGUUGUCAGUGGCAUCAGAGGCGUCGACAUGUCCGUUAGAGAAGUCAUUGCUCUGGGAGAGAAAAUCCGCGGCGCACCUUUUGCAAUUGAGAAAUUGAAAACCAGUGAGCUCGAAAGCGGGGAGUGGAAGACGUCGUGGAUUCCGAGGCUCGACCACCCUUCCAUCCCAGUCGAGCAGGUUGACAUAUUCUCGAGGAUCAUUGUCGCUGGGGUUUUGUUGGCUAUCUCGGCCAAGGGCUACACUUGCUCGGACGAGUGGAAUCAGUUGCUGCCAGACUACAAGUUUACGAAUCCCGAAGAGUUUUUCACCGAGGCUUGGCGUGGUAAGCAGUAGAUAGGAAAUUUAACGUCUCUUGGGCGGUAAGAGAGAUAGUAAGGGGAGCGGAGAGGCGUGGGAGGCUUGCUUUUUGCUGUUCCGGAUCUGCGAAGUAGCUCGAAUGUAAAAGUUGUCAGAGAAUAAGAGUUGCCCUGAAUAC